AUGGAUCUGUUUAACAAUUACGGCAGGACGGACUUAUCGGAGGUGUGCCCUUUGUUCUCUAAUCUCAACGACGAUGACGAACCCUACUUACUGGAUAUGGAUUCGUUAAAGACGCGGAAAACAAACGGCCCGACAACGCGUAGUUACGAACCCAAUCGAAAAAGAUGUACCUUUGGCGACGAAAACAAUGAAAUUGACGGUGCCGGCUGGUCGGAUAAACCUGUCAGAAAUUGGUGCCAGGAAGAAACGAUCAAUUGGUUGAUAUCUGCGGCAUCAUACAUUGGACAACCGUACGGUUUAAUUCAACAAAGUCUUGCAGUACCAGGACACGAAUUAGUUACCUUCACAAGAGACGAUUUUAUAAAUCAUGAUCCCUUGUAUGGAAAUCGGCUCUAUGACCUACUCCACUCUCAGCAUAUCUCAAACAUAUCUCCAACAUUCGACACCAUUCAUCCCGCUUCCGAAGACCAGUACGCGCGAAUUAAUUCUAAUAGUACAUCAGACGCAGAAUCAGAUAAUAACAGUAUUGAUGUAUCUACCAAACGACCGCCGGGUAGACCAAGAGUAUUAAAAACGAAAAAGAAUUCCAGCAGUCAAGGAAAACUAUGGGAAUUCAUUAGAGAUUUGUUACGAAAUAGAGAAACUUGUCCAAGUCUAAUAUGUUGGGAAGAUUACUCGCAAGCGAAAUUUCGGUUUGUUAAAAGUGACGAGGUCGCGAAACGAUGGGGUUCGCGGAAAGGAAACACAAAGAUGACGUACGAGAAACUGAGUCGAGCUAUGAGGUAUUAUUACAAAAGUCAAAUCUUUCUACCUGUAUUGGGCCGAAGAUUGGUCUAUCAAUUUGGACCCAACGCAAAAGGUUGGCAGACUGACAAUCCGAAUUUUAGAUAUUAA